AUUUCCUCAUAUUCUGGCAUGUCCAUCUUCAACACCUCUGAAACUGAUAUCGCUACCUUCUUCCUCAUUGGAAUCCCAGGGCUGGAGUCUGCCAACAUUUGGGUCUCCAUUCCCAUUUGUCUCAUGUACAUUGUUGCCAUCAUGGGGAACUGCACUAUCCUCAUUUUCAUAAAAAUGGAGCCUUCUCUGCAUGAACCCAUGUAUUAUUUUCUAUCCAUGUUGGCUGUCUCUGACCUGGGACUGUCCUUCUCCUCUCUCCCUACCAUGCUAAGAAUAUGUUUGUUCAAUGCUCCAAGAAUUUCCCCCAAUGCCUGUAUUGCUCAAGAGUUUUUCAUUCAUGGAUUUUCAGCUAUGGAAUCAUCAGUACUUCUCAUUAUGUCUUUUGAUCGCUUUAUUGCCAUCUGCAAUCCUCUGAGAUAUGCUUCUAUCCUAACCAGUACCAGAGUCAUAAAAAUAGGUCUUGUCUUUUCUCUCAAAAAUGUUUUGUUGAUCCUUCCUUUCCCUUUCACCCUGAAACAUCUAAGAUACUGUAAGAAGAACCUCCUUUCCCAUUCUUUCUGCCUCCAUCAGGAUAUCAUGAAGCUGGCCUGCUCUGACAACAAGAUUAAUGUCAUUUAUGGCUUGUUUGUGGCUCUCACAGGCAUCCUAGACAUAACGUGUAUUUUCAUGUCCUACAUUCUGAUACUUAAAGCAGUGUUGAGCAUAGCAUCACAGAAUGAAAGGCUCAAAAUCCUCAAUACAUGUGUUUCCCACAUCAUUGCUGUGCUCAUCUUCUAUGUUCCCAUUAUCUCCCUAGCUGUCAUCUACCGGUUUGCCAAAUACAGCUCCCCAGUUGUUAAAAUCCUCAUGGCUGAUGUAUUCCUGCUGGUACCUCCAUUGAUGAACCCCACUAUAUACUGUGUGAAGAACCAGAAGAUAAGAAAUUUGAUUUUAGUGAAACUGUGUCAAAAAUACAGCUGA